AAUUGAGCUUACGCCUUCAGACAUGUCGCAAGUAGGGACGAUGACGAUUGAGAAGCCUAUUACUAGCUACGAAAGCAAUUCAGAUCUUGAUUCAAGGAGAGAAUCUGCAUCAAAGUUAGUUCAAUUCAGAAUUGGAUUGAAUAACUUCUAUCAAAAUAACACUUCGGCCGUAAUAAAAUUAAUUCUACUAAUUUUGCUAAUUGGAUAUUCCGUCUAUUUUGGUUUAGCCAUAAGACAUAGCGUCAGUGGGGCAAAACCGUUAAUAGUCAUAACGUCCAUAGUCGUUUUCUUUCUGAUUUACUACGCACUCAAAGCUGUGUUUGGUAAGAAAAUCUAUAAAUCAGUUUUGAAGCCCAUGGAACAGGCAUUUAGAAGAAAUUCGACGUGGAUUAAAUAUAUAGUCAUACCUCUUGUUGCAAUUGGAAUUGUAUUCUUUUUGGCGUUUAGCGUCGUUAAAGAGGUGCGUCAACUCCAGUCAUUGUCCGGAGUAGUUGCAUUUGUCUUAAUACUCUAUACAUUUUCAAUGUAUCCCGAUAAAGUCAACUGGAGGCCGGUUAUUUGGGGUUUCUUUCUACAGUUUGUUAUGGGUGUAAUUGUUCUUCGAUGGAGACACGGCUAUAACGCAGUCAAUUGGCUAUCAAAUCAAAUAACGAAAUUUAUCAACUACUCUAACGAGGGUGCCGCCGCAGUUUUUGGAGAUCCAUUCCUACUCUUUCAUCCCUUCGUUUUCGUUGGUAUGCCCAUGUUGAUUUACGUUGGAGCUGUUAUGAGUAUCCUCUACUAUUACGGUCUAACUCAAAGAGCUGCCGGCCAAGUUGGUUGGGUUAUGCAAUUGACACUGGGCACAACCGCUGUAGAGACGCUUAGUGUAUCCGCAAAUAUUUUUCUUAAUGGAAUGGAUACAAUGCUUAUGUUGCGUCCGUAUUUGGAUAGAUUAACAAAAUCCGAAUUUCAUUGCUUUCUCGUUGGAAACCAUUCGACAGUUGCCGGUUUCGCUUUUGCAAUUUUUGUUCUUAUGGGAGCACCACCCCAACAUCUUUUAUCAGCGGCAGUAAUGUCGGCACCGGCUGCAAUCGCAAUUUCGAAACUCAGCUAUCCCGAAACUGAAGAGAGUACUACAAAAACGCAAAAAGACGUUCAAGUUGAAAAGAGUUCAGAGACUAAUGUAAUGGAAGCUGCAGCCAACGGAGCUGGUAUUGCGGGAAAGACAGUCAUGGCUGUUGUAGUAAAUAUGUUAGCUUUUAUCUCAAUGCUGGGUUUUAUAAACUCAACUUUAGCCUGGCUGGGAAAUAGGGUUGGAAUUGUUCAGUUAAGCUUUCAAAAGAUCUGCUCCUAUCUACUGUAUCCUGUUAGUAUAUUGAUGGGUAUAGAACCUGGUGACGCUAAGGAAGUCGGUUCUUUGUUAGGCUUUAAAGUAUUUACUUCAGAGCUAUUAGCCUAUCAAGAAUUAGGAGAUUCAAUUUCCGCUAAUAGACUUUCUAGGAGAUCCGCAGCUAUUGCAACUUACGCCCUCUGUGGUUUUAGUGGCUUAUCAAACUUGGCUAUUGCUGUGGGUGUUUGGAAUGCUGUCUGCCCUUCGAAAACUAGAGAAAUGGCGAAGCAAAUGAUUAGAGCUGUAGUAAAUGCAAACGUCGCCUGUUUUAUGACCGCAUGCGUCGCUGGUCUCUUGUACAAUCCAGAUUUUAGUGCACCAGCCCAGGGAGACAACGCCAUCGGUUCACUUUUAAACUCAAUUCUCGGUCUUAUACCAUCUUUUAAAGAUUUAACAAGCCUACUUGAUUAACGAACAAAUAGAAAAAAGAAAUGUAGAUAGGG